CCGAGCGGCGCCGGGGCCGGCGGAGCGCCAUGGGCGAGUUCGAGGUGCACCGGGUGCGGUUCUUCGGGCUGGUGCCGGCGGGCGUGCGCUGCCUCGCCUGCCACCCCCGCGGCACCCGCCUGGCCCUGGCCCGCACCGACGGCGCCGUCGAGGUGUAUAACUUCGCCGCCAACUACUUCCAGGAGAAGGUGAUCCCCGGGCACGAGGCGCGGUCGGUGGAGUCGCUGUGCUGGGCGGCCGGGGACCGGCUCUUCGGGGCCGGGCUCGGCGGGGACAUCACCGAGUACGACCUGUCCGGGCUGAGCGCGGCCCGCGGCGUCGAUGGCGGCGGGGGACCCAUCUGGAGCAUGGUGGCCAACAGCACCGGCACCCAGCUGGCGAUCGGCUGCGAGGACGGCUCUGUCAAGAUCUUCCAAGUGGUUCCUGGGGGGAUCCAGUUCGAGCGGAACCUGGACAGGAGGAAAGGCCGUGUCCUGUGCCUGUCCUGGCACCCCUCAGACACUCACAUCGUGGCUGGCUCCAUCGACUUUUUCCGUGUGAUUGACGUCACUUCAGGCCAGACGGUGCAGAGGAUCAUGGUGAACUACCACGUGGAGAAGGCCAAGCGCGAGUGCGUGGUGUGGGCCAUCGCCCUCCUGUCCAGCGGCACCGUGGUCAGCGCCGACUCCUUUGGGAGGGUGCAGUUCUGGGACUGGGAGCAGGGCACGCUGGCAGAGUCCCACACCGUCAGCACCUCGGCUGUGCUCUCGCUGGCCGUGGCACAGAAGGAGGACAGCAUAAUCGUGGGCACCUCGACCGGGGCCACCUACCAUCUGCAGCUGCUGCCCGUGAGGCUGGGCGGGCUGGAGAAGCGCUGGGUGCGGACAAAGCCCUUCCAGUUCCACAGCCACGACGUGCGGGCCGUGGCACACAGCCCCACCGCCCUCAUCUCUGGGGGCCUGGACGCCCAGCUGGUGAUCCGCCCGCUGAUGGAGAAGGUGCAGAAGAAGAGCUACGAUGCAGUGCUCCGAAAAUUCACCUUCCCCCACCGACGCCUCGUCUCCUGCGCCAGGAAAGCUCGGCUGCUCCUCUUCCAGUUCUCCCAGUACCUGGAGCUCUGGAGACUUGGCUCCACUGAGGAGACCGGAAAGGAUGGCGAGGUCCUUCCCUUGUGCCGGAUGCCCGAGCACCUGGUGCAGCUCAAGAGCAAGGGCCCGGAGCACAUCUACAGCAGCUGCGUCUCACCCUGCGGCACCUGGCUGGGCUACUCCACGGCCUCCCGCUUCCAGCUGUACCGCGUGCACUGCGACGGGGACGGCGUCAGCCUCAGGAAGGUCCCCAAAGUGCCCAAGCUGCUGCCUCCAGCCUACCAGCUCCAGUUCUCCGCCGACUCCGAGAGCCUUUUCGUGGCCUCCGCUCGAGGAUCUGUCCACGUCUUCCAGCUGCUGGAGCCGGGGGGCUGCAAACACCUGCACACCCUGCGGCCACCCUCAGGCUGCUCCGAGGCCGUUUACCUGCUGGCACCGAGCGCGGACGGGCACUGGCUGGCAGCAGUCAGCGGCGACUGGGCCAUCCACAUCUACAACCUGAAAUGCUUCAAGCAUCACUGCGUGGUGCCCACCUACGACUGCGCCGUAUCGGCCAUCGCCAUCCACCCCAGCACCAACAACCUCGUCAUCGCCUACUCGGACCAGCAGCUGUUUGAGUUCAGCAUCCCCGAGAAGCAGUACACGAGCUGGAGCCGCACCGUGCAGAGCCGGGGGCUGCACCGCGCCUGGCUGGAGCGCGACUCGCCCAUCACUCACAUCACCUUCAACCCCAAGAACCCCUCGCACAUCCUGCUCCACGACACCUACCUGCUCUGCGUGCUCGACAAGUCCCUGCCCCUGCCCGACGACAGCGCCCUCCUAAUGAACCAGAGCACCCUGAAACAGCUCCCAGAGACGGCCAGGAAGAGGCAGCUCCACGCCUUCAAGAUCUGCAAGAAGUUCCAGCCACUGCUUUUCAUGGAUCUGCUGGACAAGAACUGCCUGGUUGUGGUGGAAAGACCCAUCAUGGACUUCAAAACCCAGCUGCCUCUGCCUGUCCAGCAGAAGAAAUUUGGCACCUGAGAGCAGAAGAAGCCACUCCAACCUCGGAAACUGUCUCUGUGCUGCCUUCCUGGGGCACUGUAAGAAUUUUCUUAAAGUGCUGUAGGAAUAAAACCUCACUGUUGUGUACA